GCGUCAUGCCAAGCGGUUCUUUGCGCCAACGUCACCGCUACUGUUUGUGCACUGGUGGCGGCUCUGCCUGGACGAGGCACAGAUGGUGGAGGGAUCAAGUUGUCGGGCGGCCGAGAUGGCCAAGAAGUUCACUGCGGAAAACAAGUGGGCGGUCACAGGCACCCCUAUACAGAAGGCUGUGAACGACUUAGUCGGGCUGAUGGAGUUCCUGGCAGGGAACGAGUACAAGGAGUUCUUGGAACUCAUGGGUCGUGAUUGGCGCUCUCUGCUGAAGCUGGUGCCCAGAGUGCUAUGGCGCACGCAGAUGAAGGACGUGUUGGCUGAGACCGGCGUACCAUCACAGACAGUGGACACACACCUCCUAGAAUUCUCAGAAGUGGAGAAAUACUUCUACCAGUGCACUCACACCGAGUGCUCCCAACAAUUUGUCAACCGGAUAAACAGGUUUGUGGACCUUAAUGUCACCCUGAAGAGUCUGGAUAGGAAACAGAUCUCCAAUUUGUUGAAUCCUCUACUGAAACUUCGCCAAGCGUGUUUGCACCCCCAGGCUGUGCGUGGAAAGUUCGUCUCAAUUAAGAAGACGAUGAGGAUGGAGGAUCUUCUGAGGCAGAUGGUGACUGGGGCAAGGUUGGAUGCUGAGCAGGCUUUACGUCAGCUGGUGGCGGCUCUCAACGGGACUGGCGCACUUCACGUCAUACGCCAGGAGUGGUCCGACGCGGCAGCCGCGUACCGGGCAGUCUUACAUCUGGAGCACGAGCUCACCGGGCGCUUGAAAAUAGAUUCUCUUCAGAGAAUUCACACGAUGCACAACUUGGCGGAAGUGUUAGACGGAGGCUAUGACGGUGUCCCACCCACACUGCGAGACGACACCAUGAGAGACGACAUCAAGGCCUUAGAACUGAGAUAUCUCGGCAAGCGAGAGGCACCGAUGGCGGGAACUCAAGAACGAAUAGAACUUCAUGAGAAAGCCAUAACAGAACAAUUGGAAGGAGCUACGCUCGGAUACUCGAAGUGGUGGCUUCGGACACUGGAAUGGUCCUCGGAUAGAGAGGAGCUUUUGGAUAGAGUCAAGUCCGCCAUACAGCUUACUGACGCACAGCAGAAGAACCAAUACAACAAUCUGGCCAACAAGCUGAAGUCACUGUAUGUAGUAAGAGUGGAGGUUGCUAAGUGGUUGGCAGAGCUGGACAAAACGAGAGAAGAGGUGCGCAAGUGGGUCCAAUUGCUGAGGGGUUCCGACAAGGAUGUAAUGGCAGCUGAAGCGCUGGUGUGUCACUUGCCGCAGGGUGCUCCUGCCAGAGGCAAAACGAGAUGUCAGCUGUGUAAGGCGGAGAACGCGUUGAAAAGCUACGAGGCUUUACUUUUUGAGGAGAAGAGCAAAGAAAAGCGGAAGAACAAGAAAAGAAAUUUGCCUGGCAGCAGUGACUGGACAGAUGACAAGGACAUGGACAACAAGGAGGUGGCUGACUUGGUGGGAGUCAAUGUUAAUACCUUCGAGACCUCCAGAAAGGGAGGUUUCAAGGCGUCACCCUUUGAGAAAAUACUUAAAGCAUUGGCUGCCUACGGGAGGCAGAGACAGGUGCCACCCCAGUGGACCAAGGAGGCCAGCCAGCACCUGGCCAUCCUAGAGAGGGUAAAGAAGGAGUUCCUCGACCUGAACCUGAUGUGGCGACAGAUUUUUGACUUGGUGGACGCCAAGGACGAGUUGAACAUGUGCAAGAUGCGGCUGCGACUGCCUUGUCCUGGUGAGGAGGAAGAGGAGGCGGAAAAAAAGAAAAAGAAGAUGGGUGAGAACCAUCACAUCAUAGCUUUGUACAGGGUUGAACCAGAACUGUUGAAGCUGAGUGGGGAGAAGGUCCAGUUUGAGGCUCUGCUCAAGAAGAAGAUAGGGACGCUGUGUUACCUGGAGAAUCUGCAGAAGGAGGGAGCCCCAGCAGCGAUCUGUCCUAUCUGCCGGAACGAUCUCACAGCAAAGUGGUCUGUGCUGCAAUGCGGCCACAGCAUCUGUCUAGAGUGCCUGUCACUGAUUCUGAAGCCGCAAUCGGUGAGCUUGCUGUGUCCCCAGUGUCGCCAACCUUGCAACAUACAGGAGGUGUCAUACGUGGAGAACCGGCCAGAGAGCAGCAAACCGCAGGAAGUAAAAGGCUCCUACUCUACUAAAGUUGAUGCUGUCGUCAGCCAAACACUGCGGCUCAUCAGCCAACAGCGUGACGUGAAGAUACUUGUGUUCUCUGCGUGGGAGAAGGUCUUGGAUUUGUUGGCGGAGGCAUUCGAAGAAAACAGUGUCACCUUCAGGCGGAUGAAAUCCGGAAAACUCAAACAACGGCAGUUUAUGAAGGAAUUCAAGACAGGAGACGUGACUGUGCUGCUGCUGCCUCUGCGCUCUGGUGCAAAAGGUUUGAACCUUGUGGAGGCCACCCAUGUGUUCUUGGUAGAGCCCAUCUUGAACCCUGCUGAGGAGUUGCAGGCUGUGGGCCGGGUCCACCGGAUAGGGCAGACUAAACCGACGGUGGUCCACCGAUUCAUCGUGCGGGAGACUAUCGAGGAGCGGAUAUUGGCGGCGGGGUGGCAGCGACAGCUGCUAGACCUGUUCACCAGUGACCUAGAACUGUCACUGCCUGGGCCUUCGGUGGUGGCGGUGGACAGUGAUGACAGUGGCAGUGGCAGUGAGAGCGAUGGAGAGCAGGACACGAUGGACGGCAGUGAACUGAUCGGUGAGGAAGAGGCGGACAGUGGGGAUGAGCUGUGA